AUGAAGCUCACCGCCUUCCUCGUGACCUUCCUUGCCGUCGCUGGAGCCGCCCAGGCCGGCAACCCCGAGAAUGUAGCGCAGAGCUCGACAUCGCACAGCGGCCACGCCGAUGUCGUUGGCGCAACCCCCGCGCCCACAACGUUCGCGGACGUACCGACCCCCGCUCCGACCAACUUCAGCGACCCGACUCCAGCUCCCACGUUCCCCACGGCAGCGCCGACUGUUAGCGCGGAUUUGGCGCCCACGCCAGCUCCCACGACGUCGUCCGGCAGCGAGGACGCGACUCAGUCAGAGCGCGAAUCCACUGGCAUAGUCGGCCAGGCGUACUCGACCACAGGAGCUGUUGGUGUUGCCUACGCUACAACGCGCUCCGAGUAUGAGGCCACUAAGAGCUCCACUGGUGACUCCAGCAGCGGUCUUACUGUGCCGAUCGCGGCGGGUGUUGGCUGCUUGCUUGUUGUGCUCGGCGCGGUGGCUGCUGCUGUGAUCAUUCGCAAGCGCAAGAACACGGCGGAAGAAGCCGAAAUCGACUACUCGGACGCGAUCCACACGCCUGCUGUGUCUGCUGUGUAA